GGUCCUUCAGUGGAAAUGGAACCAGAGAAUGUAAUGCAAAUUUCACAAGAAAUCCUAGACUAAACUUAUGCCCUAAUGACUGGGUGCAGGAGAAAGGGAAAUGCUAUAACUUUUUUAAAACUUUUAAUUCAUGGACUGAUAGCCAACAAUUCUGCUUAAGAAUGAAAUCACAACUCUUGAUGAUCCAAGACAAGGCUGAACUGGAUUUCAUACAAAAUAGUAUACAAGAUGGAAUCUACUUUUGGAUUGGAUUGAACAUUACAUAUCCACAAAAGACAUGGACCUGGCUGGAUGGCACCCCAUUAAAUCCACAGUUAUGUGAAGUCAAGAGCAAGGAUGAAGACAAUGCCUGUGCUGUGAUAACAAAGAAGGGUGUUUUUUCUGAAACAUGUCAAACUCAUAGUUACCAUAUUUGUCAAAACGUGAUUUCUUCAGGCGAUGACCUCUAAAUUAAUC